AUGCCCACGGAGACGCUCCAGACAGGUAGCAUGGUGAAGCCGGUCAGCCCCGCGGGCACCUUCACCUCGGCAGUGCCCCUGCGCAUCCUCAACAAAGGCCCCGACUACUUCCGCAGGCAGGCCGAGCCCAACCCCAAGAGACUCAGCGCCGUGGAGAGGCUGGAGGCCGACAAGGCCAAGUACGUCAAGAGCCAGGAGGUCAUCAACGCCAAGCAGGAGCCCGUGAAGCCGGCCGUGCUGGCCAAGCCGCCCGUGUGCCCCGCCGCCAAGCGCGCCCUGGGCAGCCCGACGCUCCGCGUGUUCGGCGGCCACGCCAAGACCGAGAGCGGCGUGCAGAGGGAGACCCUGAAGCUCGAGAUCCUGAAGAACAUCAUCAACAGCUCGGAGGGCUCCAGCUCGGGCUCGGGGCACAAGCACAGCGCCCGGAACUGGCCGCCCCACCGGCCGGACUCCGCCGACCUGCAGCGGCACUCGUUCGCCGAGUCCCUGAAGGUGUACCCCACGCAGGGCCGCGGCAGCCCGCAGGAGGGCGGCUCCCACGGGGGCCGGCGGCUGCUGGAGCCGGCGGCCGAGUCCUUCCUCCACGUCUCGCACAGCUCCUCGGACAUCCGCAGGGUGACCAGCGCGAAGCCCUUGAAAGCGAUCCCCUGCAGCAGCUCCGCGCCCCCCCUGCCUCCCAAGCCUAAGGUCGCGGCCGCGGCCACCGCGAAGUCCCCCGAGGCCGACGCGGUGGAACCGGCCUGCGGCGUCAGCCGGAGGCCCUCGCUCCAGCGGUCCAAGUCGGACUUGAGCGACCGGUAUUUCCGGGUGGACGCGGACGUGGAGAGGUUCUUCAACUACUGCGGACUGGACCCCGAGGAGCUGGAGAACCUCGGCAUGGAAAACUUUGCCCGGGCCAACUCCGACAUCAUAUCCCUCAACUUCCGCAGCGCAAGCAUGAUCAGCUCAGACUGCGAACAGUCUCAGGACAGUAAUAGUGACCUUAGGAAUGACGACAGUGCCAAUGACCGGGUGCCAUACGGCAUCUCUGCCAUCGAAAGAAACGCGAGGAUCAUCAAGUGGUUGUAUAGCAUCAAACAAGCCAGAGAGUCACAGAAGGUCUCCCACGUGUGA